AUGGAGGUUGAGUUGAGGGCUGAAAAAUGUCGCCUUUGUUUGGCGGAAAAUGUUUACAUUAGAAAUGAAGGGGAUACAACUGAAGAAUUACAAGACACAAUAUGCAGCAAUUGCUGUAAUAAUAUGUUUGAUGUUGAAGAAAUUUGCGAAAGUGAAGGUUCAGAUAAUCCGACAAAUGAAGCAUUUUCAAAUGGAAAUGUUGAACAUGUUUCCCAAGCUGCUAAUGAGGAGGAAAUUAAUACAAAGCAGCUAGCUCAACAAAUAAGCGCAGAAUUAAAGCGAUACAGUAUUCCGCAGUCGGUAUUUGCACAAAAAGUUUUAUGUCGAUCGCAGGGAACUUUAUCAGAUUUGUUAAGAAAUCCAAAACCCUGGUCAAAGUUAAAAUCUGGAAGAGAUACAUUUCGACGCAUGUGGAAGUGGCUUCAAGAGCCGGAAGCUUCGAGAAUAACAACUCUUCGGUUAGCAUGCGUGGAUUCGUUAGAAAAAAUAAAAGAAGAUGGUUUUCAAAAGUCUACCAUUCCGGAGGUGGUUAAACCGAAAAAACCAAGGCUGGUAUUUACUGAUUUGCAAAGACGCACAUUACAAGCUAUUUUUCGAGAAACGGAAAGGCCGUCUAAGCAAAUGCAAGUGACGAUUGCACGUCAGCUAGACCUUGAACCCUCAUCUGUCGUAAAUUUUUUUAUGAAUGCUCGGAGGAGAUCGAUUGACAAGUGGAAAGACGAUAAAAUGGAACCCGAAUCACAAAUAAUAAAAAACAAUAAUAAUAUAAAAAUUUCACAAAAUGUUGUUAGUAAGAAUAAGUUGCAAAAUAGUACAUUAAAAAGUAAUGUAACAUCGGUUAUUCAAUCAUCACCAAAUAAAAUAGAAAAACCAUCUGUUGCUAAUAUAAUAAGAAUCACUCAUCUAACUCCGGUCAUAACAAAACCGACAACCAUAGUUCAAACUCCGGCAACUCUCGUGACUUUACCAACUGAUAAAGAAGAAAAAGAAGAGGAAACUAUACCGACGCGUAAUGAUAUUCUUCUUUCUCCUCACGUUAAAUGGGAGGACGAAGAUAAUAUCGAAUCAAAUGAAUUUUCUUCACAAUUUACUUCCCAAACGUCAGGCAUCAAAAUGGUUUCAAGCGUCAUAGAAACGAGCAAAAUUGAAGAUGAUAUUAAACAAUUCGAUUGGAAAGUAGAACCCGAGGAAUCUAUCGAGUACGUUGAAACCUCUCCCGUAAAUAACGAUUUUACUUCUUUAACUAGUCCAAUAACAUUCCAAGAUAACUCAUCCGUGAUAGCUAACAUUCCCAAAGAUCGUGAUUACACCAACUCUCCGUGCCAUGAAUAUGUCCCAUCACCGAAUUGUGUCGAAUUUAAUAAUUCGCCAGAUACCGAUUACAUUCCGGCUUCGCCUACCGCUGAAUUCAUUCCAAAAUCUCCAUCAUCCGAUUUCAAUCCUCAAACUCCAGAAUAUAUACCUUCUUCACCCGCUACCAUUAGUUUUCUCCCUCCUAAUUAUCCCCAAUCUCCAACCUCUCCAGCUCGAGUGGAUCAACUCGACGAUGAUGAAAAUUCAAACGAGCAGUACACGACACUUUCGACUUCUGGAAAAGUUUUUCUCAACAAGUGGAACAGCGAAGAUUCGGAGGAAAUGUCAUUGAACGAUUCUUGCUAUUCUUCGAUGGCUACAGACGACAGAAAUUUUUUAACAACAGCCGAUCACAGCCUCUAUUCAACUCCAGCUACACUUAGCGUCAUUACCAAUGUCAUAGAUCCCCAGUCGUUUUGA